AUGCGUGCGCUUUGGCAGAGACUCGCACGAGCGCCGAGAGAGUUGUGGCUCAUCUACUUGUUGAAACUACUCUCUUCCUAUGCAUACUUCAGUCUCUCGUUAGCGCUCGUCCUCUACCUGUCAGAGACGCUCGGCUACGAUGACGAAACUGCAGGUCUACUGUACGGGCUCUACGGGGUCGUUGCCAGCGCGUACGGCCUUGCGAGUGGCUGGCUCAUCGAUCGUCUGGGAGCACGUCGAUCGUUGCUUUUCGGUGCAGCGCUGGGCACGCUUGGGCGCACUGCUUUGGCGGUGCUUUCGCAACGCCUCGUGGUGACAACGCUGCUGGUCACGGUGCUUCCGUUCGCCGAGUGUCUUGGGGUGCCUGUGCUAACAAUAUGCAUCAAGCGGUAUACGAGUGGCAAAGACGGUACUCGCACAGUGGCGUACUCGUUGUUCUACACGGUCAUGAACGUUGCAGCGCUCUUGGCCGGGCCUGCCGUGGACCUCUGCCACCGAUUCUGGGACUUGCGCGCCCUCUUCUGGACCUGUGCGCUCGCCAGCGCGGCCAUGUUCGGUAUCAUCCUCCUGGGCGUCCGUGAAAUCGAAGUCGACGCAGAAGGCCGAACUCGUGAUUUUGUUUCACCGUUUGCGGGAGAGACGGUUUUGGAAUCCCUGCGGCGCCUGGCCGUGGACCAGCGCUUCUGGCGCCUGCUCGUUUUCACGACGCUCAUUGUGGGUGUUCGACUCAUUUUCCGGCACCUGGACGCAACAUUACCCAAGUAUAUGACUCGAGUGUUCGGUGAAAGUGCCCCAUUCGGACUAUUCUAUGCAAUUAAUCCAUUCAUGAUCAUCACUCUGGUGCCGGUUCUUGGCGUUUACACCAGUCAUAUCGAUCAUUUCCAGAUGAUCCUAUACGGAUCAUUUCUUUCGGGAUUCUCGGUGUUUUGGAUGAUGCUCGGUGAUCGGUACUGGACGGUGGCUUUGUUCAUCAUGACGCUGUCUCUGGGCGAAGCGGUGUACUCGCCGCGGGUGUACGAUUACACAAUGGCAAUCGCUGCGCGUGGUAGCGAGGGCACCUACACCUCGUUGGCGAGCCUGCCACUAUUCGGCGUACAGUUUUUCACUGGCUGGAUGAGCGGCACCUUGCUGCAGCGAUAUUGUCCUGCGAGCCCGGCCAGCGCUCGGCAGCCUCGAAAAAUGUGGUUCAUUAUCGCGUUGGCAACCGCUUGGUCCCCACUAGGAAUGUGGUUUGCUCGCAACUGGCUACGAACGGACGUUGCGUCGCGAAAGGCGACCGCAUCCGCGGACGCAUCACCGGCGAAUGCCAAUGUCGAGUACGCAACGACAGUUGAGGCCCCGGAUGCCGAACAAAUGACGAAGCGAGCUGUACCCGAAGACAGCAUUAGCCAAAGCGUAUCAAUUGAAUAA